UAGAGCUGUUGGCUGGUCUGUUGACUGACAACUGUUUGACAUUUAUUUCCCGAAAAGUAUUUCGUCGCGAAAAUUUCGAUUUGAGUGUCUGCUGCGGCCGAGUCUACAUAUUUCUACGUACGAAGAAAGACUGGAAUUCAUGAAAUUACUCCGCUUCACACAGUCGCCAAGUUAAAAAGGUGCACACAAUGUACUGCCUGCAGAUCCUGAUUCCCGUGCUGUUCAUCCCAAAGCCGACGAAUCCAGCUCUGAUGCAGACCCACGUCAUGUUUAUUGUCCUGUACCUCAUCGGAUUCUUCCUUGAACGGAAACCGUGCACCAUUUGCAGCAUUGUGUUCCUCACGGCUGUGUUCCUGAUUUGCUACAGCGGCGGUGGCAACUGUCUGUUUUGGAGCAAUUGCGAAGGUCACCUCUGCGAAAACGGAUAAGGACCGCAGGUCCAAUAGGCAGGCGUCCUGGGCGAGGCGUCGACCGCAGGCAGCGCGCAAAGAGAUCCUUCCUCCACACCAUCCACCGCAUUUCGACUCCCCGGCUGCCCGCUUCGUGCCCCGCGAGGACAACAUGCAUUACUCCUUAAAUCUUAGGUCAUUGAUUUAUUGUGUUUGUUUUUAUUUCUUAGGUUUUAGUAGAUAAUUCUGUUUAGGCUAAGUUCUUGUGCGAGGCACCAACAGGGAAGCGACAGACUAGACCUUGGCGGGGCGUGAUCCAAUGCUAAGGCUCGCAACCCUCGUCUCGCAUGAGCCAAUUAUAAGUUGUACCCCAAAUCGCCGAUUACUGACUCAAUUAGAAUUUUAGUGGAAUUGCUGUAAAAAGUUGAUAGCGUAACACUGAAAACAGGCCUGGCCCCGCUUAUCGCUGCAAACGACUCGUUUCGGGGGUCACGCCCGCGACUUGUGCAGCGGGUGUAGCAAGGUCGGGGCCUCAAGGCAGAUACUACAUUUACGAAGCGUAAUCACGUCUGAACUAAGUAAUCGAAACGUUUUGAAUCUUGCGUGCGUACACGGCGCGUCGUGCGCGGUGCACUACGUUCAACUAGUCUUUUCGAGUGUUGUUUUGUUGGUUUUGGUUCUCCUGACAAUGAAAUCACCGCCAUCGGGUUAAAUUUCAGCAAAAUGUAAAUAUGCAAAUUCUAAAACCAGCAAAGAUGUAUGUGAAUGCUUGGCCGUUAUUAGGAUUGUAAUCUGUAAAUCAUAAGUUGUACAAAGUUCACUGAAUGACACGAAAUUUUAACAAUGCUUUGUUGUAGCCAAUUCGAUAUAAUCCGAACGUGUAAAAAGUUUUCUAGGGAAAAAAGUUAUAUUUAAUAAACGAUGUAAGAACAUUACUAAACACUGAA